AUGGCGUCUUUUUGGAGCGCCAGUUUUGCUGCGUGCGUGUUCUGCCUGUUAGCAGGAGAUUAUCUGCAAAUUUGGCAGCGGUCUGGGCUGGGCUCAACUUUGCAAGGUUUCUUUCCAGAAGGCAAGGGGUCCUUUGCCAAGGAAACGCAAGGUUUGCAAGGCACGAUGAAUCAAAGCAACAACAUUGUGCACAAAGAUCAUCAACUUGCGUUCGCUCCAGAUCAAUCAGCAGAGAGUUGCAAGUUAGAAGCAGGUCAUGAGUUCGCAUCUGGCUUGAUCGUCCAGGGAGCUUGCACGUGCCUUCCGGGACUUGAGUGCACUUUACACAUCCGCUCUUUCCUCGAAGAGCACUGGGACACAGACGAUAAAAUGGCGCAGGAGCUGCUCGUCGUUUUUGAAGGCCCCGCACGCGCCAUUGCCAGACUGGAGCCAGACAACAAAAACAGCGCCUUCGCCGCCUGGAGGGCCCGCUACCAGAUCUGGGACCCCGGUUCGUACCGGGUCUCCGUGCAGGCGGGAUGCACGGCGCGGAGCCAGAGCGUCAUCCUGGCAACCUUUGGCGUGCAAGUGUCGGGGUUUGAGGGUUUAGGCACGCGGCCGCGGCCGACGCCGUGCGAUUUUGGGCAGCAUGGACGAUGGCUUCUCGAUCAACCGAGCAAGGAUUACCGUUGGAUACCUUUCCCGUGCGCCCCGCCUCUGGUAAAUACGGAGACCUUCCCACAGGAGAUAAGGCGGAGGGGUUAUGGAAGGAUAGUGUUCAUAGGCGAUUCCCACCAGCGAAUGCUGUACAUGCACCUGAAAUUUCUGCUGGAUGGGCGGGCGAUCGUUGCGGACUACGACCGCCACGUGGACUUCACAAGCACCAUCAAUGAAGGGGAUCCUGAAAGUGAAUUGCAGCUCCGCUUCUACUGGGUUGACGGCAUUUACCGGAACGGCCAGGACGGAUGCCGGAACAGAGGGCGGUACUCCCGUCGCGAAGACUCCUUUCCUGAGAUUGCCGCGAGCGACGACUCAAUCUUUGUCCUUGACGCUGGAGCUUGGAGCGCCACAUUCUGCGACAGGCCCCUCCAAGCAUAUACCCGGCACAUUUUACCGUUCAUCGACUGGGGCGCAUCUCUUGUCCGCGGAAACAGCACCCUUGUGUGGCGGACGGCUCCCCCUUCCGUCUGGUUCUGCGAACGGAAGAACGGAAUCCUUCACCACUUCAAUGAGAUAACGUCACACCUACUGAGUGGGCGUAUACCAGAGGUUAAGGUGUUUGACAGCUGGCAGAUCGAGGCGCCCCGUUUCCGGGAUGCAGACCCAAUCAGCCAUUACUCCUGGACGGAACCUAAUGCGAACGGAAACGGAACGCUGGUGAUGGCCGGUCCUGUGGGGAAGGCAGUAGUGCACGCAUUCAUGACUUGGGUACUCGAGAAUCAUAACUAG